AGAUAAGAUAGCGCCGCUGGAAAGCUUUUAUAUAAAAGAAGUGAUUUGUCAGACGCGAACAACAGUUCUGACGUGGUUAUUGACAAUGGCGCUCGAAGUGGUUUCCGCGGCCUUCACUGAGGAGAAAUUGAGGGAAAUCCUCAGGAAGGAGGGCGAUUUCCAGCUCAAAGGAUUCGAAUUUGUCGCCGGUUUCGGCAGCAAGGGUGAAUCAUAUCUGAGUGAAGUGUAUAGGCUUCGGGUUGACGGAGAAAAACCCGCUUCCGGCGAGUCAAAAAGCCUCAAUCUUGUUGUCAAGGGCUUUCCGAAGAAUAUCGGACGCAGGAAAACCUACAGAUCAACGGACUUCUUCAGGAAUGAGAUUGCCUUCUAUGAGAACGUCAUUCCGGCGUUUGAGGCGUUCCAGGCUAAGAGAAAGCCGAAAAAUCCCUUCGCGGCUUACCCAAAAUGUUUUUCGUCCUUUUGCGAUGGGAAUCAGGAUUACAUCGCUUUGGAUGACUUAAGCAAGUACGGAUUCGGAUCAGCAGAUCGACACGAUGGAUUGGACUUUGCCCAUUGCAGUCUCAUAAUGGAAGCUCUGGGGAAAUUCCAUGGAGUUUCUUUGGCCAUGAAAGACCAGGAGCCGGAAAAAUUUGCCGAGAUUGCCCAGAAGGUUGAGGAGACUUACUAUUCUCCUCGCUUGAAGUCCUGGUACAGCGAAUUCCAGAAAACCCAAAUUGUCAUCAGCAGAGACGCUGUAGGGAAGGAGUAUCCAGGAACGAAGAUCGAAGAGGAAAUGUUGAAAUUCACCGAAGGCGAUCUCUAUGACCUUCUCAGUGGCAUCACUCACGCCAAGAGUCCUUUGUCAGUGAUUGGACACGGAGAUUGCUGGGCUCCAAACAUGCUGAUGAAGUACAGCACAGCUGAAGGGAAGAGAACUCCAGUUGAAGUGAUGAUAAUAGAUUACCAGCUGACGAGACAUGCCAGUCUGGUUAUCGAUCUGUCCUUCUUCAUCUACUCCUGCACGAGUCAGGAUCUCAGGGAGAAACACUACGAUGACCUCCUGAAAAUCUACCAUUCCAGCUGCUGUCGCAUGAUCGAAGAUCUCGGCUCCAAGGCAGACAUCUUCACGUACGCCGCCUUCCAGGAGGAGCUGAGAAAGUAUGCGCGCUUUGGUGUGGGCAUGGGAAUGGAAUCAAUUCCCUUCUCCGUCAUGCCAGAGUCGGACGCCUUCGAUCUGGACUCCAUUCAGGGUGACGAGGCGAUUCCUCUGCAGAACAUUUGGGUGCUUAAGCCCAUCGCCACGAAGGAAGGACGUCUUCGUCUGGCCAACAUGUUCAAGCACGCUACCGAGAGAGGGUAUCUCAACUAAGCUCGAAAAUGAACAUGUAAUUUUUUAUCGGCAUAGUAAGAUAAUAUAGUUUUUGCUGAAAAUUAUAAGGUACAUAAAUGCAACGCAAUACUCGUCUUCAUC